AUGGGCGAACCUGCGCCCGUUGCCGCCGGCUUGGCGUCGCACACCACCCACCCCCGAUUCGCAGCGGAUACCAUGGUGGGCGAGGAUGGGCCGAUCGCCAACAAAGUCUCCCUCGCGGAGGCCAUGGUCAUGGCGGGCUUCCUGUCGGUGCCGCUCUGGAACACGCUGCAGACCGCCAUCUUCAUCUUCCAGUUCUUCAAGCGCUUCCCGGGCCUGUACUUCUGGAGCAUCUCGGCCGCCAACUUCGGCAUCCCGCUCCGCCAGGUCACGGCGCUCCUGCGCUUCCUCGGCCUGGCCCCCAAGGCCAUGCUGCCGCUCAGCAGCGUCGGCUUCUGGGCGGGUGGCGCUGCACAAGGCGCAUGGGGAAAGCUCCGCGGCGGCGGCGGCCGAGCUGGGGGACAUUUUCGGGGCGGAGAGCUCCGAGACCAACCCGAGGAAGGAUUCAUCGACGACAUCAAUAUCUGCUUAAAAGAGAUCUGGCUUACAUGCACCCAAGGGUUGUGUAUGCUGGGGGCUUGUGAUAAUUACCAAUAG